AAAUAGUUUUAUCUACUGUCCUUUGCAUCCCUGCUAAUUUCUGCUAUUCCACUUUGCCUUCCAGUCCCCCUUUUUCCUUGGACUUUCCCUCUAGUUUAUAUUAUUGUCAUUCGUUUGCUAAAUUAAUAAAACUGUCUUUAAUUAGAUGUAUACCACAAAACUUGAAUUUUUAUAAUCACCCAGCUGUCAGCAGUAACGUUAGUUAAAAAUUAUUUAACGCUUUUACUGUGUAGAUUGCAAUAAAGAAUGGAACAGUGUCUAUCCCUAAUCCUGGAAAUAGUGAUUUUUCACUUUUGAAUGCCAAAAUUAAUUUCAAACACCCUCCAUUUCCCUGUUUGGUACAGGUUAUCAGCCAAGAGGUUUAAUUUCAAUGUGAUGGGUGCUAUCAUCUGCUUGGUUUAAAACUUUUAAGAAAAUAUUCCUCAUUUGGUGCUACGUGCCUAUGUAUGUGACUUUAAUUAUUUAAAUUUCCUUUAUUCUUAUUUUUAUUGAUGCUGGUAAAGAGCUCUUAAUUCAGGAAAUUGAAACUGCCCAUGUUUUUCUUGGAUCAGAGGUGAUUACCCCCAUUCCCCAAGUGCUGUAUAAUCCUUACAGGUUUAGAGCACCUCAGUUUUUUUUUAAACUACAAUCAUCUCCUGAUAAUGCAGGGUGGCCCAAGGAAGAAAAGAUUAACUCAAAUUGCCAUCUUUCUAAGUGUUCUGACAUCACAAUCAGAUUAUAUUCUGACCUCAACACCCUCACCCUUCCUUCAGAGUGUAGGCACUGCCCUUACUACCUUCAGGACUCGAGUCUGGCUAACUGGUUUCUCUGAAUCCUUUCAUAAAGGUUACCCUGCUCUCACUCCAACAGCACCUCCAUUAAAAAUCACUUGUCUCCAUGCACUCCUCUCUAACACAGUCACACAAGCCUGCUGGAUGCUCAAGCCCUGAAACUCAAAGCUUGUAUAAUAAUAAUAAUAAUAAUAAUAUUAUAACUAGUGAAUAGAAUAUACAGUAGAUGUUCAUAUCAGUUGCACUCGUGAAAACUGUUACUCCAAGAAGCCAUACAAGAUUACCAAAAAUAAUUGUUAUCUUAAAUUUUGGUUGAUGGUGCUUGUAGGUCUUGACAUGUUGGGUGGCCUAUUGCAUCAAGGCGGAUGACUGAGGUGGAUAGUUGUGCUUGUUGGGGCUAAGGUAGAUGAUAAUUGUUGAUCUUGGGCUGAGGUGGAUGGCUGACGUCAAUGAAGAGGUGUCACUAGAUCAGGAAUUCUCAACUUUUCCUCCAUCAUUAACCCCCUCAGCUUGAUGUAUUUCUCCAUUUACCCCCUUACAAAAAAUUUAUCGCUAUCAUAAAGGGACAGAAAAACAAGGUCAGGAAAAAUUAUUCAGGUUUUGCACAAAAAUAGCAAUAUACAUUCGUAUCACCAGAAUUUAAAAAAAUAAAACAUUCUUUUUGUGAGAAAUAAUUAUACAUUAUCAAGUACAUCACAUAUUUACCCCUUGCCAUGUAAUUUUUCAUCCCCAGGGGUAAAUUUACCCCUGGUUGAGAAUCACUGCAGUAGAUAAUGGUUGUACUGGAGUUUUCAGGUAUUCUGUAAUGCAUGUCUGUUCCAUUUUACCCAUCACUUUAUAUAGGUGAUGAUAUGGCAUAAUUUCCUACAGCAGAGUGCACUUCUGAGCAAUACUGCUAGGUGUACCCUUGUCCUUCACCAGCAGCAAGUAGCAUUUUGCAUAUAUCUUGGAGUAUCACUUGUACAGGUUUGGUUUCAUCUUCAUCCUCUUCUCUACCUCCCCUCUAUCUCAGAAAUGAGCUCCUCCAACAUUUCUUUUGCAAUUUUCUCUUCUGUAUCAUCUUUUAUUAGGUUAUUUAUGUUUUCUUCCUGCAUAUCUUCAAAGCCUUCACCUGAUACUGUCCUUGCCAGAUUCCAAGUUUCUUGAAUCUAAUUUUAUUGAGGUAAAACCUGCAAAAUUAUUCCCAAUGCGGUUUUUACAUUGGUCAUUGCAUUUGCAAUAUUAAAUUUAUCUCUUAACUCGGGCACUUCACUUUCUGGGUUUUCAUCUGGUGCUGUGACGAGUUUCUGCACCACCCUGUUUAUAUAGUGCCACUUUUUAAAUGUCUUGAUAUAAUGGACUCUCAAAAUUCUGGGCAAAAUCCUAUUGGCAUUUCAGUACCCCCCCCCCCCCCUCCCAGACAGUGAACUCACCUGUAGGCCUAGUGAAGCAUAGAGGGUAGGGGGAAGUAUUGUAUUCUUUGGAGUGUUGCACUGAGAAUUUGCAUGUAACAUAGGCUGAGGCUUAUUUAUCCAACUUUUACAACAUUCAUCACCAAUUUUUUUCCAUGCAACAUUUUGUAUAAUGAAAAACAAAAUUUAACUUUAUGCAAGAGGGUAUAACAAAUGUUAAUGGGAUAAAGGUAAAAGCUUUCAAGAGGAAACUGGUUGAGUUUUUGCAGGUGGUGCUAGAGCAGACAGGUUGUAAUGACUUUACAGGCCUGCAAGUAGGAACAGUUUGGUUGGUCAGGUGGUCAACAAGGAAAUCUGGCCUAGGGUCAGGCUUCAGAAGUAGAGCUUUUGAAACUGGUCACAAGUACAUGUUUACAACAUUUCGUAAGUGUUCCUGCCACUAUCUUACACCAAGAGACAGUAACAUUUGGACAGAUGAUGAGGAUGAUGACAAUGAGGAACUAAAGGACAAAGGGGGUCGGUAUGACAGUUUUGUGCCAUGUGGCGAGAUGCUAGUAGUGAGUGUUACACUACUGAAUUCAGGCGAGGAUGGGCUGCAAGAGGACACCGCAGCCAAUGUAACACGGCAACAAAAAAUUAGAAGAGAGUUAGUUCAUACAAGAUCCAUGUCAAGUCCUGUACAGCAUGAACGAUUGCUGCUAAAGGCACUGGACAGCUCAAUAGUGUUUCCUAAUAAAAUAUCAGAUUAUUUUGAGAGCAGCCAAAAGCUGUCUGCAGAAUCCUCAUCAAAUGGGAAUUUUGGAAAUAAUGAACAUGAAAAAUUAAAGAAAAUGGCCUCUAAGUCAAGGAUAAAGCACAGAAAGCAGAAAGUGAAAGAAUCUACAGCAGCUAUAAAAUUUAAUGUGGAAAACGAAAAUCCUAACAAGAGGCAAGUUUUAAAUAACAUUUCUAGUGAUAAUUGCCUGGAAGCUUGUCAGAAGGAUCAGUGUAUACUACCCAAAGGAUUGAAGGACUCUUUACAAAGUUUCUCUUCAUGUAAAUCUAGCGUAUCCCACUCAAUCCUGGCAUUUGAUUCUGACAUAGAUAAUCAGAUUACAGAUGAUGAGUCUCAAUCCCAAAAUGAUAGAGCCAAAUCUCAGUUAUUUGAUUUGGAUAGCAUUUCUGUUGAGGUUAAUAGAACUGGUGUUAAAAAAUAUUCAGAUAUUGUACUAAAUGACAGCUUACCUUCACAGGUAAAGCCCAAGAAGAAAUCCAAAGUAUUGGAAGUAAAGAAAUGUUUGAAUAACAAAAAUAAAUACAAUGAGAAAUGUUUAGAAGAUUUUUCCAAAUCUGGAAAUAUUACUAGGUCCUACUUACAAACCUCAAAAAAAAAAAACACUGUAAAAGCUAAAAAUAAAUUUGAACUUUUUAAGGCAUCUGUUUCUCCAAAGAAGAAUUGUGAAAAGGCACACAAAAGAGCCCUUAAGAUAGAAAGUGUGUCCUCUCGAUCACCCAGUCCUGUCUUGGGUACUUCAAGGAAAAAGUCAAAGAAAAAUGCUAGUGAUGUUUUCUUUUGCCCACAGGUAACAAAUCAGACUGAAGGAAAGAUGGAAGUAAAAGAUUUUGGAUUUGAAGAUAGAACACAUGCAGGAUAUAACAUGGGAGGAGAUGAUGCUACAGAAUCGUUUGAUUUUGACUUGAGUGAGGAGUUACCUGAUUUAACAAGGCCAGAUCCAAGUUUGCAAGUGAAAAUUCUUCUCAGCAAAAUAGAUUCCAAGGAAAAGAUAUUACAAUUUGGUCUGAAGAAAGAUACCUUAGGAAUCAUUAAUUCCUCACCAAAAUUAGGAAAGGAUAUAAAAGGUGCUAAUGCCAAGAGAAAAUUAAAGGAAGAAAAAAAAAGUAGUGAUGAAAACCAUAGACGAAAGAGUUUAGAAAAGUUAUCGAAAAAUACAGAAGAAACAUACCCAAGCAAGUCAAAAUCACAUGCCGACAUAGCUGGAUCUGUUUGUCGUAGAAGUGUCCGUAUUAAAGAAAUGGAAGGCUUUUCUUCCCAAAGUGAAGCAAAAAUUAAGGAAAGUACUACCAGGAAUAGUGAAUCUGAUUCCAUAGACUUUAAUAAUGAUCAGCCAUUAAUAAGGAAAACAUUACAGAAAUCUAAACCUCAGUUUAAUGAUGUGAUUUCAGGUUGUGAUAUUUCAUCUCUGGAAUAUGUACAAAAGAGUGACCUAUUGUCAGAAAACUCUAAGAAAUCUCUUGCAAUCCUUGAAAAGUGCCAUAAAGCAGUGGAGCUGCUUAAUAAACAUACAGAUAAAGCAUUAUCUCAGGAUUUUAUAUACAAUGUUUCCCAAGACAGUAACAAUUUGCCAACAGACAUUAAAAUUAAACCAGAGACUAAAAAGUGUAAUUACAAAUCAAAGUUAUUUGCUGUCCCAGAAAAUCAGCCUAAAGUAACUGACUGGAUUACUAACACUAAAAAAAAUAAAAAUAAUCCGAGUAAUAAAGUAGACAUAUUAUCAAAGGCAUCAUCUGAUGAACAGUUCUUUGAUCAUUCUAAGACUAUGAAUUUCAUAACAUCAGUUGUGAAAAAAAUUAGCAGUGCUGAUUUAUCUCCAGAAACCAAAAAAACUUAUGAAAAUUCUUUCAGUACUGAUAUAGAUAAAGUUAGUAGUAGUACUUUAGAGGCAAGCUGUAGUGAUGAUGCAACUAGGUCUAGUGAAUCAACCUAUUUUAAAGCAAAUUUGGUUUUGUCUUCAGAAAUAAACCUUUAUGGUAAUGUUUGUAGUCAAAUGCAGAGUAAAAGUGAAUGGGACAAAAGGAGCCCAUAUGAAUGGGAACUGGAUGAACCAGAGUGCAGUUAUUCAGAGAGAACAACCAUAAAUCCAGAACACAUGAAUAGUUUUAUGGAUUUUGAAGAAAAUUUAACAAUGCUGCAGUUGGAUAAUAGCUUGGCUAAAUCACAGCAGGGACUCUCUAGUGAAGACGAGAAUUCUGUUUUAGUAACCAAUGAGGAACGGUGCACCUCUCCAUCACUUGCAUCAAAAAUCAGCAGUUACAACAGACUUCAAAAUAUGACUAUUGAGGAACUACAGAAGAGAGUAGAAAAAACUGUGCCAUAUUUGAGAAGAGUGACCAAGGAGCAAGAACCAAGCGAGAGGCACCAGGUGUGUAGUGUUUAUAUUAUUGCAUUUUCAAAUAUGGAAACAAUAUCUUUAUGCAUAUUAAUUUCUAGACCACAGAGUAUGACAGGAAAAUCAUUCAUUUUAAGUGUGAUAGAGCAAAGAUAAUAUUUACCUAACCUUGUAAAGUGCCAUUUAGAUCAGGGUAGCCACAUGAAGUGGUUUAAUUAUAAUUAA